AUGGACGAGUUAUGGGCGUGGCAUAAGGCAAACGCCUCACAGUUGUCUGCUAAUGCUGCUGGCUGCUGCGCAGCGCGAUUAACGAUCGCCGUUGCCAGUAAAAACUGUGAAACUAUGACAUGCCUGUUCAUUAUGUCGCGAGUCCUCCCUGUUUGUGGCAGAGGUUUUUCUGGAUCUUCUCCCAUUGUAAAUUCUUAUGUGGACUCCCUUACCGCCUUGCACGUACGACCACAUGCAUUUGCACGGUUUGAGCCACCAAAGCGACUCCGACGUCACCAAGCAUAA